AUGAGCACUUCCAUAAGGCCAUUAAUCAUAUCACAUGGUUCCAUCGAACAUGCUCUACCGGUCCCAACAGCUUCCUAUUUUGCUGCUUCUCAAUUGCAAGAACAAUUUCUCAAGACGUUGCCCGAACCAACUGAAGGUUUCGCUUCCGAUGAUGAACCUUCCUCUUCUGCUGAAUUACUCGGUAAAUUUUUAGGUUAUGUAUCCACUUUAAUAGAUCCUAAAGUUAACGGUCAAUUUGAUGAAGUCAUAAAGGUAUCUUUGACCGAAUUCGAUAAUAGUUACCUUCAACAAGGUAAUGUUAACGAUAUUCAUACUUUAGCAGCAACUCUUUUACAAGACCAGGAUAAAUUCCCAACAACUUUACCAAAAGUUAAAGAAUUAAUCAAGAAUUAUAUAACAGCAAGAACCGUCGCAAAUAACCCAUUUGCCAAGAAUUCAAAUUCUGCCUUAUUCAAUUCUCAAAAUAAUCCGGAAAUAGUCGCCAUCUUUGGUGGUCAAGGUAACACAGAUGAUUAUUUCGAAGAAUUGAGAGAAUUGUAUCAAACUUAUCACGUCAUCACUGCUGAUUUAAUUAAAUUCGCUGCUGAUACACUAAAUGAAUUAAUUAAAUCAACUUCAGAUGCCGGUAAGGUCUUCACUCAAGGUUUCAACGUCAUUGAAUGGUUAAGACAUCCAUCAAGAACCCCAGAUACGGAUUAUUUAUUGUCAAUUCCAAUCUCAUGUCCUCUGAUUGGUGUCAUUCAAUUGGCUCACUACGCAAUUACCGCUAGAUUAUUAGGUUUCACUCCAGGUGAGUUGAGAUCUCAUUUGAAAGGUGCUACCGGUCAUUCACAAGGUCUAGCUACCGCUGUAGCCAUCGCCGAAGCGGAUUCUUGGGAUUCAUUCUACGUUUCCAUGAAGAAGGCAAUCUCAGUGCUUUUCUUCAUCGGGGUCCGUUGUCAUCUUGCCUACCCAAAUACUUCAUUACCACCAUCUAUAGUGGAAGACUCCGUGGAAAAUAAUGAAGGUGUCCCAUCUCCAAUGUUAACAAUCUCCAACUUGACACAGAAACAAGUGCAAACAUUUGUUGACGAAACCAACUCUCAUUUACCACAGGAAAAGCAUAUAGUCAUCUCCUUAGUGAACGGUGCAAGAAACUUGGUCGUUUCUGGUCCUCCACAAUCAUUAUACGGGUUGAAUUUGGCUCUAAGAAAGGAAAAGGCUCCAUCCGGAUUGGAUCAAUCAAGAAUCCCAUACAGUGAAAGAAAAUUGAAAUUUUCAAACAGAUUCUUACCUGUAGCAUCUCCCUUCCAUUCUCAUUUAUUAAUUCCAGCCACUAAAUUCAUUAUUCAAGAUUUACAAAACGAAAAAGUGGAAUUCAAUGAAACUGAUUUGAAGAUCCCCGUCUAUGACACUUUCGAUGGUAAGAAUUUGAAAGAUCACAAGAGUUCCAUCGCUGAAAGAAUCGUGGAUUGUAUCAUUAGAUUACCUGUCAAUUGGGAAUUGACUACCAGGUUUUCAGCCACUCAUAUCUUAGAUUUUGGUCCAGGUGGUGUCUCAGGUCUUGGUGUCUUGACUCAUCGUAAUAAGGACGGUACUGGUGUUCGUGUUAUUGUCGCUGGUACUUUGGAUAUUAACCCAGAUGAUGACUACGGUUUCAAGCAAGAAUUAUUCGAAAACAAUUUGAAGACAAACCCAGAUUGGUUGAAGGAAUAUCAUCCUAAAUUGAUCAAGAAUAAGACUGGUAAAAUCUUUGUCGAUACCAAAUUUUCUAAAUUGUUAGGUAGAGCUCCUCUAUUAGUUCCAGGUAUGACUCCAACUACUGUGUCUCCAGAUUUUGUUGCUGCCACUAUUAAUGCUGGUUAUCAAAUUGAAUUAGCUGGUGGUGGUUAUUUCUCCGCACAAGGUAUGACUGAUGCUAUCGACUCUGUCAUUUCUCAAAUCAAGAAGGGUUACAGUUUAUCUCUAAAUUUAAUCUAUGUUAACCCAUUCAUGUUACAAUGGUGUAUCCCAUUGAUAAAGGAAUUAAGAGCAAAGGGUUAUCCAAUUCAAGGUAUGACUAUCGGUGCUGGUGUUCCUUCUUUGGAUGUCGCUACCGAAUACAUUGAAACUUUGGGUCUAACACAUUUAGGGUUGAAGCCAGGUUCUAUCGAUGCUAUCUCUCAAGUUAUUACCAUUGCUAAAGCUCAUCCAAAUUUCCCAAUUGUCUUACAAUGGACUGGUGGUAGAGGUGGUGGUCAUCAUUCCUUUGAAGAUUUCCAUACCCCAAUGCUACAAAUGUAUUCCAAGAUUAGAAGACAAUCUAAUAUUAUCUUAAUUGCUGGUUCAGGGUUCGGAUCUGCUGACGAUACUUAUCCAUAUUUGACAGGUGAAUGGUCAACUAAUUUCAACUAUCCACCAAUGCCAUUCGAUGGGUUCUUAUUUGGUUCAAGAGUUAUGACUGCUAAGGAAGCUAAGACUUCUCCAGCUGCUAAGAAAGCCAUUGUUGAAGCUAAGGGUGUCCCAGAUAAAGAAUGGGAACAAACUUAUAAGAAACCUACUGGUGGUGUCUUAACUGUUCGUUCGGAAAUGGGUGAACCAAUCCAUAAACUGGCCACACGUUGUGUUAUCUUCUGGAAAGAGUUAGAUGAAACUAUUUUUAAUCUACCAAAAAACAAAUUACAACCAACUUUGGACGCUAAGAAGGAUUACAUUAUUUCUAAAUUGAAUGCUGACACUCAUAAACCAUGGUUUGCUACUGUUAACGGUGAAGUUCGCGACAUCACUAUGAUGACCUAUCAAGAAGUUGCUGAAAGACUAGCUGAAUUGAUGAUUAUCAAACGUACUAAUACUUGGAUUGACCCAACUUGGAAGACUUUCACAGGAAAUUUCCUACGUCGUGUUGAAGAACGUUUUACCAAGAGUAAGACUGUUUCUGUUAUUCAAUCUUACUCCAUGUUAGAUGACGCUACUAAGGCCCUUGAUACUGUUUUCACUACCUAUCCAGAAGCUAAAGUUCAAUAUAUGAAUGCCCAAGAUGUUGAUUAUUUCUUAAGUUUAUGUCAAAAUCCAGCUCAAAAGCCUGUCCCAUUUGUUCCUGUCUUAGAUCAAAGAUUUGAAUUUUUCUUUAAGAAGGAUUCUUUGUGGCAAUCUGAAAGAUUAGAAGCUGUUGUUGAUGAAGAUGUUCAAAGAACUUGUAUUUUGAAUGGCCCAGUUGCUGCUCAAUUCACUCAUGUUGUUGAUGAACCAAUUAAAUCAAUUUUAGACGGUGUUCAUGAAGGUCAUAUUUCUAAAUUAUUGAAGACUUAUUACAAUGGUGAUGAAACAAAAAUCCCUGUAACUGAAUACUUUGGUGGUGAAGAUCUUGAAUCUGAUGAUGUCGCUACUAAUGAACAAACUGUUUCUUACACCGCUGACACUACUACUGAUGAAGAUGCUUGGUUCAAGUUGCUUGCUGGAUCCAAGAAAAGUUGGAGAUCUGCAUUUUUCUCAACCAAGAGAGUUGUUCAAGAUUCUCUUUACGUCGACAAUCCAGUGAGAAAUGUCUUCAAGCCAUGUGAGAAUAUGACAGUUGUAAUCUCUCAUCCAAAUGAUUCUCAAAAUACUGUUGUGACACUUUCUGAACCAGUUCAAGGUGAAAUUAAGGAAACUUGUGUUUUGAAAUUAAGCAAAGAAAAUGUCAUUGAAAUGAGUUUAAUCGAAAACAGAACCAUGGAUGGAAAUCCAGUUGCUUUACCACUAUUCUAUAACUAUCAACCUGAAGAUGGUUUUGCACCAAUUUCUGAAGUGAUGACUGGCCGUAACCAACGUAUCAAGGAAAUGUACUGGAAAUUAUGGAUCGAUGAACCAUUCAACUUGGAUUUCGACCCAAGAAAGGUUAUUAAGGGAUCUGAUUUCACCAUAACUGCUAAGAGUAUCUCAGAAUUUACUCAUGCCAUCGGUAACAAUUGUGAAGAUUUCGUUCCUAGAUCUGGUAGAACCUUACUAGCUCCAAUGGAUUUCGCCAUUGUCGUUGGUUGGAGGGCAAUCAUCAAGGCUAUCUUCCCAGAUACUGUCGAUGGUGAUCUAUUGAAAUUAGUCCACAUGUCCAACGGUUAUCAAAUGAUUCCAGGUGCUUCACCACUUAAGGAAAAUGAUGUUAUUUCAACAUUCGCAAUCAUUAAGUCAGUUGUCAAUCAACCUACCGGGAAGAUUGUCGAAGUUGUUGGUACUUUAUCUAGAGAUGGUAAACCUGUCAUGGAUGUGACCUCUUCUUUCUUCUACAGAGGUACUUACACCGAUUUUGAAAACACUUUCCAAAAGACAGUCGAACCAAUUUACGAAAUGCACAUUAAGUCUCCAAAGGACAUUGCUGUUCUACGUUCAAAGGAAUGGUUCCAGUUAGAUGAUGAAGAUAUUGAUUUGAUGAAUAAGACAUUAAGAUUCGAAAUAGAAACUGAAGUUACAUUUAAAAAUGCUACCGUCUUCUCCUCUGUUAAAUGUAAUGGUCCUAUCAAGAUGGAAUUACCAACUAAGGAACAUGUCGAGAUUGGUAUUGUUGACUAUGAAGCUGGUGAAUCUUAUGGUAAUCCUGUUGUGGAUUACUUGAAGAGAAAUGGUUCCACUUUGGAAGAAAAGGUUAAUUUGGAAAAUGCAAUUCCAAUUGCUGUUCUCGAUUCUCAAAGUCCAAGUACUAAUGAACCUUAUGGUAGAGUUUCCGGCGAUUUGAAUCCAAUUCACGUCUCUCGUCACUUUGCCAGCUAUGCUAACCUUCCAGGUACUAUUACUCACGGUAUGUACUCAUCUGCUGUUGUUCGUGGUUUGAUUGAAAACUGGGCUGCUGACAGUGUCUCUUCCAGAGUUCGUGGCUAUGAUUGUCAAUUUGUGAACAUGGUUCUUCCUAACACUCCUUUGAAGACAUCUAUCCAACAUAUUGGUAUGAUCAAUGGUCGUAAGUUAGUCAAGUUUGAAACUAAAAAUGAUGAAGACGUCCUUGUAUUAACUGGUGAAGCUGAAAUUGAACAACCAGUCUCCACUUAUGUUUUCACUGGUCAAGGUGCUCAAGAACAAGGUAUGGGUAUGGACUUAUACAAGAGUUCUGCUAUUGCCAAGGAUGUCUGGGAUAGAGCUGAUAUUCAUUUCAAGCAUACUUAUGGUUUCUCAAUUCUUGAUAUUGUGAAGAAUAAUCCAACUGAAUUAACCAUCUACUUUGGUGGUGAAAAGGGUAGAAAGAUCAAGGCAAACUAUACUCAAAUGGUUUUCGAAACUAUUGUUGAUGGUGUUGUCAAGACUGAAAAGAUUUUCAAGGGUAUCGAUGAACAUACCAAUUCCUAUACAUUUAGAUCUCCAACAGGUUUAUUAUCUGCCACACAAUUUACUCAACCUGCAUUAACUUUAAUGGAAAAGGCAGCUUUUGAAGAUUUGAAAGCUAAGGGUCUAAUCCAAGCUGAUGCUGCGUUUGCUGGUCAUUCCCUAGGUGAGUAUGCUGCCUUAGCCUCUCUAGCUGAUAUUAUGUCCAUUGAAUCAUUGGUUGAAGUUGUCUUCUACAGAGGUAUGACAAUGCAAGUUGCCGUUCCAAGAGAUGACCAUGGUAGAUCUAACUAUGGUAUGAUUGCUGUUAACCCUGGUAGAGUUGCUCCAACUUUUACACAAGAAGCUUUACAAUUUGUUGUUGAAAAGGUUGCUAAGAGAACCGAAUGGUUAUUAGAAAUUGUUAAUUAUAACGUUGAGAAUCAACAAUAUGUUGCUGCUGGUGAUUUGAGAGCUUUAGAUACAUUAUCCAAUGUCUUGAAUUUCAUUAAAUUGCAAAAGAUUGAUAUUGUCAAGCUACAAGAAACAAUGUCUUUGGAAAAAGUGGAAUCACAUUUGUUUGAAAUAAUUGAUGAAAUUGCUAAGACAGCUGAGGCUAAACCACAACCAAUUGAAUUGGAAAGAGGUUUUGCUUGUAUUCCAUUACGUGGUAUCUCAGUUCCAUUCCAUUCCUCAUACUUAAGAAACGGUGUCAAGCCCUUCGAAACUUUCUUGAAAAAGAAUAUCAUUAAGGAGAAUGUUAAGGUGGAUAGAUUGGUUGGUAAGUAUAUUCCAAACUUGACUGCCAAACCAUUUGCUGUCACUAAAGAAUAUUUCCAAGAAGUCUAUGAUUUAACUGGAUCUGAACGUAUUAAGAAAAUAUUGGACAAUUGGGAAAAAUAUGAAAAUUAA